AUGAUGCUGAGUGAGGAAGAGCAGAGAUGGACGUGGGAACUGAAGCAAGCAAUGCAACAUCGACCCAAUCUUGACGAAGAAAAUGACAUGUGGCUGGCACACUAUUGCAUAAUUGCUCAAGGGGACCUCUCCAAUGCUUUGAAAAGGAUAACUAGAAUACAGGCAUUUCAAAAGCAGUAUGGAGUCAACAAUUCAGUGGAACAGUGCGUUGAAAUGCUCUCCAAGCUGUUUGAACUCAUGCCAGGGGGAAUUCUGUAUCUGGAUGUUGACCCUAUGAAAAAUGAGGGUCUGCACAUCAUGAAUAGUGGAAAACACAAUCAAAUAGCUGCCAUGGAAACAGAGGAAAACUGGAAAACUUGUUUGGUUGGGUUCUAUUAUUACUUCCUUGUCUGCCAGCCAACUCUGGCAACCAUCCGAAAUGGUCAAUACACCAUGGCUGAUUUUGGAAGCUUUGAUUGGGACAACCUAAAACUGGAGUUCUUCUACAAGUACAACCUGGAGUUCGGUGACAUGUACCCUGUCCAGUGCAGCAAGUUCCUGGUCUUCAACACAGGGACCAUUGCCAAUGUAAUGUUCUCCCUCACAAAGCACAUCUUUCCCCCAGCGAUCAUGUCAAAGGUGGAAUUGGGCUGCACUGUUCCCUUAGGAGAAGAAAAUGAAGCCCCAAGGUCAUUAUCUGAGAUGUAUUUACAACCUUCUCUUCUGGAGGCAAACAAUAGGAUGCUUUCCAGAGCUAGGGAGCUCAUGACACUUCGGACAAAGAUGGAAGCACAUUUCCAAUUCUAA